UAGGCAGCCCCGGGCCGGUGGGAGUGUGAGAACCCUCUAAGUUUAGAGUCCAAACACACAGACGGACCUCAGAGCUGCUUGAGACAGAGCCCGACGACCACAGUCAUUCAGUGUGAUGGCGUUGUCUGGUGAGAGCAGCGCUGUAAAGGAUCAGCAGGUUCCUCAUCAGGAUGAAGCAGCGUGUGUUAAUGUCAUUCAGUCGCACUACUUGCAUUGUCCUUCACCCAGCUUCUCCAUGAUGUCCGAUUGCUUCUCCACCAUAUCAGACCGUUUCUCCAUGAUCUCUAGCUUUGAUGCAGAAAGUAUCUUCAUGGAACCAAUUCACCUGUCCUCCUCUAUUGCUGCCAAGAAGAUCAUUAAUGAAGGAGUGGCCGGCGGGCUUGCAGCAACCACAUGUGACGACCCCGGGCUGGACUCCACUUCAUCCACGGUGAAAGCCGAUCCGGCGAUCCAGACAUGUGGGGGCAUGUUUAAACAAGAGAGGUCAGGACACCAGUGACCCCUGAAAGCAUGCUGGAAUCAGCCACAACCAGCUGAUGGUGGAGGAUCUAUAUAACAGGGUGAAGGACAUGAUCGAAGACCGCAGCCCCUACAACACACUGUGUGUGCUGGACAUCCAGAGAGCACUGAUCCAGGUUAGAGGCUCCAUUCAACCCUGUUGACAAGGUCUGGCCCAACAUCUACAUCUACAUGAGUCAUAUGAUGUCAUGCUUGUGUCUGUGUGAUGAGAGUGAGAAAGACUCACACACUCAUAUAAAAGGAAUAUAAUGGGUUCAAGACAAACUCUCUUUCUGCGGGUCUUAAAAGGUUCUUGAAAAGUAUUAAUUUGGUCUUUCACAAAUUAAAGCUUUAAAAGGUCUUAAACUGGAGCAGAAAGUCUUAAAUUCAUAAAGUCAUAGCAUUAAA